AAAGGAACAAGGGGUUCCGAUACGAACACUCGCACAUAAGAAAACUCCAGACGGGGGCUGUCUAGGGUUCUUCGAAUCAGCGAGGAAUAAAACGAAGAGCAAUAAACCUCAAAUUAGCAAUCUUUACUUCCUUUUCGGAAAAUUAUCUUAAAGAGUAGAAAAGCAGCCGUUCGUGUUGUUCGUCGAUUUUCUUUUGUCUCUGUUAUUAACAAUGGGAAGAGGGAAAUUCAAGGCUAAGCCCACCGGUCAACGCCACUUCUCUACUCCAGAGGAGCUGCUUGCUGGUACCUCUUCUCGUCCUCGCACAUUUAAGCGGCAAGAAGCUGAAUACAAAGAAGAAGAAGAAGAAGAAUCUGAGGAGGAAUCUGGACAGGAGUCUGGAGAAGAAUCUGAUGAUGAAACUGAUCAAAAGCGCAAGGGAACUCAAGGUGUUAUUGAGAUCAACAAUCCUAAUCUGGUGAAGCCAAAGAACUUGAAAGCUAGAGAUGUUGAUACUGGGAAAACGACUGAACUUUCAAGGCGUGAAAGGGAGGAAUUAGAAAAGCAGAGAGCCCAUGAACGAUAUAUGAGGCUGCAGGAGCAAGGGAAAACAGAACAAGCGAGGAAAGAUUUGGAGCGCCUAGCCCUUAUACGGCAACAGAGGGAAGAAGCUGCUAGGAAACGAGAAGAAGAGAAGGCUGCCAAGGAGCAGAAGAAGGCCGAAGCUCGAAAAUGACUUUCUUACAAAGCAUAUACAACAAGUGUUUCCUUUAGUGGAAGAAAUAUGUGCUUUCUACAGUUUAGGCAAAUAGAUGGUUUAUAUUUAAAGAUUUUUCCUUAAAAAAGUAUUGUUCAUUAUACGACAUAUAUAAAUUAUUUUUUUCCAUUUGGUUUGAAGUGAAUAGAUUUCAUUAUGCUCUGAAAAUUGUACUGGCUGUUAUGGAAUUAUUGUUUGUUUAGUAGUAUCAAGGAUUCAUUGUCAAA